CUCAGUGGGUUUAGUUCGAGUCUGGGAGGUGCUGCGAGAGGUGUUCCCAAACAUUGUACAUUUCCAUUUCCCUGUUACGUAACAGACAUGGCCUUGGUUUGCGUGGAGGACUUUGAAAAGAAGGCCGCUGGCCAGCUGGAGAAGAAUGCCCUGGACUACUACCGCAGCGGAGCAGGUGAGCAGUUCACCUUGGGCCUAAAUCGAGAAGCUUUUCGCCGGCUGCGUCUGCGUCCGCGUUGCCUAAGGGAUGUCUCCCGCCUGGACAUUGGCUGCCAGAUCUUCGGGGAGCAGAUGAAGUGGCCGCUGGGCAUAGCUCCCACCGCUAUGCAGAAGAUGGCCCAUCCAGAUGGAGAGAUUGGCAAUGCUAGGGCGGCGGGAAAAGCUGGUUCCAUCUUUAUACUCAGCACGCUGUCCACGACUUCGUUGGAGGACUUGGCAGCCGGUGCCCCGGACACGGUCAAGUGGUUCCAGCUGUACAUCUACAAGGAUCGUACCAUAACAGAAAAACUGGUGCGUCGUGCCGAGAAAGCCAACUUCAAGGCCCUCGUCCUAACCAUCGAUGCCCCUAUCUUUGGACACCGACGCGCCGAUGUGCGCAACAACUUCAGCCUGCCAUCGCACUUAACACUGGCUAAUUUCCAAGGCGUCAAGGCCACUGGAGUGGGCAAUGCCACCAUGGGCGCCUCGGGCAUCAACGAGUACGUGUCCAGCCAGUUUGACCCGACUAUCACCUGGAAAGAUAUUGCCUGGCUGAAGAGCAUAACCCACCUGCCCAUUGUAGUGAAGGGAGUUCUGACUGCCGAGGACGCUGUGUUGGCCAAGGAGUUCGGAUGCGCCGGACUCAUAGUUUCAAACCACGGAGCACGACAGAUCGACACAGUUCCGGCCUCAAUCGAGGCUCUGCCUGAGAUUGUGAGAGCCGUGGGCGAGGAUUUGGUAGUGAUGCUGGACGGCGGCAUCAUGCAGGGCAAUGAUAUCUUCAAGGCUUUGGCUCUUGGAGCCAAGACCGUCUUCGUGGGUCGUCCGGCUGUUUGGGGACUGGCCUACAAUGGCCAGAAGGGCGUGGAGGAAAUGCUGAGUGUGCUGCAAAAGGACUUUGAGACCACCAUGGCGUUGAUCGGAUGCCAAGCCCUGAAGGAUAUUACACCGUCGAUGGUAGCGCAUGAGCGGCAAUAUUCAAAGCUAUAAAAUGGAACCCUUUAGGAUACAAGCAUCCGUAUAAUUAUACAUUCUGUUAUAACCCAAAUAAAACUGUCAAUAAAGAUGAAGUAAAUAAGAAAGAUUA